UUGGAGGCUCACAGUGACAGAACUGCGUUAAAGCAAAAGUAACUUUUUUACAAAAUGUAAGGUGUAGAAAAUACAGAUAUAUGUAGUAAAAAGUAAUCACUAAAAAAACACUACUCAAGUACAGUACAGAUACCUGGAGUACAGUAAUAAAGUAUUUGUACUUCCCACCUCUGGUGUCAAGUGUGUUUGGAUUGACAGCAGAAGUACUGAUGGAUUCAUAGAAUAAGUCUUGUUGCUGCUCAUCGGUUAAGCAGUGUGUUUUCCUUUCCCAGCACUGAAGCAGGGGCUCAGUGAAUUCCUAAACAUUCGUCAUAGCAGUUACUGUGCAUCAUUACAGUGAUUGGUGUGGACUUCCCAUCAGGCUCAGCCCUCCGCGGCUCUUGAGUAAUCCAUGUGUGUGCGUACUCUCGGCACCUCCCCUUCCUGUUAUUGGUCUGUGCUUAAAUGCUGGUGUUUCCAAACUUUUUCUCUUGUUUUGAAAGCUCAGAGAACCAGAGAAGACAAAAGAAGCAUGGUGUUUCCUACAGGCACGGCUGUCCACAAGCAGCCCACCCAGGUGGUGACAGUCGUCAGGACCGUUGAAAACUCUGGCCAAUGGAGCACCGACCUCUGUGAUUGCUGCUCUGAUAUGGAGAGCUGUUGCUGUGGCCUUUGCUGUUUCCCCUGCAUGCAGUGUGAUGCAGCCAAUAAACAUGGAUGGUGCUGUGCAGUGCCACUCCUGGACGUUUGUGGUGUGGUGUCCUGCUUACUCCGUGGAUCCAUCAGAGAGCGCCACAACAUUGAAGGCUCGUUCACUGAUGACUGCUGUAAAGUGUGCUUUUGUUACCCGUGUGUUUGGGGCCAGAUGCAUCGUGAGCUGAAGAUCAGGGAAAACAAGUAGCCCGCCACCUCGACUGUGAUCAGCACGCAAGUUGUCUGUGGAUACGAUGCAAACAUUUUGGCUGUGUGAUGAGAGGCUAUGACUUUUUCAGGCAAAUAAAAUCCUUUAAUUUUA